CAGGAAUCUAUUCCGAGUUUGAAUAUUUAUUGUUAAUCUAUGUGAAAUUUUACGUUAGCGUCGAGUGAUUGUGAAAAAAUUUCAGUGAUGGAAUGUUGGUGAAAGUGUUGUACCAAUGUAAAAUUAGCAGAAAAAUAUCAAUUGUGUGCUAAACUCUAAAAAAUAUGAAAUAUGUUGAAAGGAAGUUUGGCACACGCGAACUUCAUUCUUGAAAGAUACGUGUAAUAAUGUCACUUGGAAAUUUGAUAAAACGGGCUCGUGUAAUCACCUGCUUUCACUUCCGGUAAAGUGGCAUGUAGAAAGGUUUACCUGCAUGUUUUUUAAAUGCCGGAAAUAAAUGUGCAGCCUAAAUGAUUGUUAGAUCCUAAUUAGAAACUGAAUCGAUGUUUCUGAUUAUCUUUGCUGUAUAAUUAAACCGAAUAAUGACGUAAAACGUGCAUAAAAUCGGGCUUGAAAAGUUUGAAAACGAUUUUCUGUUGACUCCUGGUCGAAUUCUCCGCCAUGGGCAACCGGUGGGGGUCCCAGAAAACGCAAUCCGCGGCGGCGGCGGCGGCGGCAGUGAAGGAGAAGGAGGACAAGGAGAGCAAAGUCCGGCCUCGAGGUUGGUCGAUCUCAUCGCUACGGCGCAGCAAGCGAGCGUCGCUGCGCCGCAUGUCGUGGAUCCCGCGCCCACAUCUGGACGCCGCGUCAUGGCUGGCCGCCUUAGAACUGCCGCAGUACGGCCCUUACUUUAGUCACUACACCGGCGUCGAGGACUUCCUGUAUUUCGAAGAGGGCGACAUCGAGAAGCUUGGCGUGACCUGCGGUGCACAUCGCACCCGAAUCAUGAAGUCCCUACGAGCGCUGCGUGACAAGUACGAGAAAAAUCACAAAUUGAAGGGCGUGGACCCAAAGCCACGGAUCAGUCUUGUGGAAGACCCCGACAAUCACUUCUCAGUGAUCCACACUCCCCUUCCUCCCACCCCGUGCUCCACAUCUACUCCCAUCUCUUCCAAUAACAAUUCUACACUUUAUUCCUCUGCGAGAAAAAAUUCCCACAGGAAAUCUCACGAGCCUCUUUAUUCUCCAGUCAAAUCAAGCUCCUGUGCCGAUCCCUACAAGAAAAAUUUUGCAUCCGCCGACUCUUUGCUCAAUGAUUCCAGUAGCCUCUGUCGAAAUAAUACGGAUUAUCUCGUUGAUACUACAAAUACUAGAACAUCCAAUUUAUCAAUAAACAAUCGGUAUAACAGCCCAUCUUUACAGGUCACUUCAUCCACUGGGCACGGGAAAUCUUUUUCCUCCAAUCCCAACAUUUUAUCAGACAGUGGGUCCCUGGCCCCAACUAACUCCCCAAUCAGUCCUUCGUAUCAGACUAGAUCCCACUCGAUCCAGCCUCUCCAAUCCCAAGACUCUGAUAUUAGAGUACGGCAUUUCUCACGUCACAAUUCUAUAUCUCAUUAUCCAUCAGAAAAUAUUUGUAAAAGUCCCCAGAAUCCUGUUGUUAACGGACACACUCCGGUAUCAGAUCGCAACGGGUUUCCUAUUCAGAAAACAAGCGGCCAGCCGAGUCCAGUAACGGACAGUUCCAGCUUCUCUAACUUCUCGCGAUCGUCCUCGACCCGCGCUCAUUUCUCGCCGACUUCAACGCCUGCAGUUUGCGGACGUGCUUCUGAACUCUCGUCGUACGCAAGUCAACAACCCGGCGAUGGCCAGCCUGUGAGGCUCAGAGAUCAGCCAUCAAACCAGCGUCAGAAUCACCGCAAGAGAUCUGCUGGUGUGCUCAGUCCUGCAGCUAUUGCCAAAAUGAGCUUCAAUUGUGACUCCGGGCUGUCACUGGACGCUACCUCGGACGAGCUGAGUCACCUGCUGGAGUGGGAGCUGAGCCUUGACUCGACAGACCUGAGGUCCCACGCCUGGUAUCACGGCAACAUACCUCGCGCCCGCGCUGAGGAGGUGCAGAAGGCGAGCCUUCAUCAUUGGUGGAAUUUACGAACACAAGUUCGAUACGAGGAAGAUCUGUUAAUGAAUGACUGGUUUGUACCACCGAGAGCUCGAUUUUUCAACAGGGACUGCACUACACAGCCUGGCAAUUAUGUGUUGUCGUGCCUUUGGGACUCGAAAGUCCUGCACUUCGUAAUCCAGAUGACAAUAGUGCAGCCUGACACCGUGUAUGAACGCAUUCAGUACGAGUUGGAGGACGAAGGCUACGACACGAUCCCUGACCUCAUCUGCGCCUACGUCGGCAACAAGAAAAUCGUCACACAGGCGACGGGAGCAAAGAUUUUAGCUCCUGUUAACAGAUGUAAACCUCUAACUUAUUACGAGUCUUUGUACAAGAAGGAGCCCUUAUUGGCGGCUGAAUGCUCAACGAUCGAUGGAAGCCGUUCAAGCUUACCGCCUUCAAAACCGGCGAUUCAUAGUGUCUCCAGAACGUACGACAACCGCCAGACACCUGCGUUGCCGGCAGCGUCCGACGGCGUGAGCUGCAGCAUCGUACGAUCCUCGCUAGGCGACACACAUUGCCAGAGAAGGGCGUCACAGGAGGGUGUUUUGUCAGAUGAAAGAAGCAACAGCAGCGACGGCAUCAUCGGCCAGCGGCAAAAGAAAGACUUGGCAGCAUCUACGCAAUCCUUGCCACGCAGGAUACACGCUGGAAAGACAGAGCUCUCCUUACCUCCUUCUUCUUCACUUACACCUGCCGAAUCCGGAACUGAAAUACACAACGCCCCACCCAAGCCCUCUAGAAUUCCUUCAUUCAAAGUUAAGGCCAGGAAGCCUCCUAUUCACGUCUCAGAUCGCGUCUACGCUGAGAUCGACGAGAAAGAAGAAGGUUCCGAGAACGCAGGGGCUUCCAAGCAAUCAGAAGGACAUCAUGGCUCACCUGGAAAUGCUUUGAAUUCUGAACAAAAUCCUAGAUUUUCUAGAUUGUCUGAAGUGUAUAAUCCCUCUGGAUCUGAUUCUGGCAAUGGAUCUGGUGACUCAAUACAAACGACCGUCAGUGAUGCGAGGAACCGCGACAGCCAAAGCUCCCUGGUGUUGGACGGCGGUAUCGCACCCAUAGAAGACGACUCGCUGGCCGAGGACACGCCUCUCUUCAGCGUGCCGGAGAUGAACCCGCCCUCCUUCUACAACUUGGAAAAAUUUAGUACAUUUCUGCUGCCCCAUGGAGAGAACCCACCCCUCGAUGCCACCGCCCUCAACGGCAUUAAGAAUACUAUUAUGGAUUACACAAGAAAAUGUUGUCGCAGGACGGAGUGCAUGAGACUCCUGGUAGCCGUGACCGUCCUGAAAGAGGAGGACAUCCGCGUGCGGGCUGAGCUCAUCCAUCGCUGGAUACAAAUCGCCAUCGACACCAAAACCGCCACCGGCAACCUUUAUGGCUUCAAUAACAUCAUGCUGGGUCUCUGUAACCCACAGAUCCAGAGACUGACCGCCACGUGGCACAUGGUGCGGCAGAAAUUUACUGACUCGGCAUUCAGUUUUGAGUCGAAGCUCCGGUCGACGUUGAAGGCGAUGAACGAGUGCAACAACCCUCAGGCCCCUAACACGAUCAUCCCACACAUCCUUCCUUUUAUUCUGCUCUGCGAACGCGACCUCGAAGACAUUUACUCGCUCAGGAGGAAGGACGAGUCUCUGGUGCAGUGGGAGAGCGCCACCUCGGACUACGGACUACAGAUGAUGCUGCUGCAUCUUCUUGACGGCCGCAGCUUCGCUCAGAAUCUUAUGAUGUAUCGACGCAACGCAGAUCUGAUCCUCGAAGACCCCGAGACCUUAGAAGACCUUGUCUUGGACGUCUUCAGGACAGAGUUCCACCUGAAGUUCCUGUUCGGUAGUCGCGGGGCGCUCAGGGACGCGCAGGAGCGGCACGCAAAGUUCCAACAAAUUCUAAGCGCCUUGUCCAGCCACUGUGAGUCGGCGAUCGAGUCUUCGGUGUGAACUUUAGUAUUGCUACUUAGGAAAGUCGUUCAAAUAUGAAGUGAAAUUCAUUCUAUUCAAAGCCUAAAUUAAUGGCAUGAUUUUAUGGUAUUAUUCUCGUGAAAAACAGUCAAAUUUAGGCUGAACGUAACACCAGAAGUUAUUUUCAUUUUUGCCAUAUUUUGUUCCUCUCUUGCAUUCUCAAACCGUAAUGCAGUUCUAUUACGAGGCCUGCACUGAGAUUCUGAUAAGUUACCAGUACCAUGCAGUAGUGAUGGUGUUUUAGCAUGCAUGGCUUACGGAAGGUUUUUAAUCUCGUCUUGUACGCAUGCAACAGGUAACCAAAGAGUUCCAUAAAUAUUUGUGCUGGAGAAUAUUCCUUCAUCGAUACGUAAUCUGAAGAGUGUUAUGUAGUUAAUGUGUUUACAUCACUGCCAAUAUAUCCCCACGAGACGAAUAUGGAAUCACAGCCAGAGGUCAAGUCACAAUUUCCAACAACUUGUUGUAGAAGUCCCAUUUUACAGAGUUAUGUUCCGGAACUUGUUGCUCAAUAAAUGAGUUAAGAAGAAUGACGCAAGAUUUUAAUAUCGAAAACGUUUCACCGAACUUAAGGCUUAAUGCAAAUCACCAUAAGUCAAUUUGUAUGUGUUAUUUUUUUCAUAUUAAUAAUAUGAGUGCAAUAUUCGUCGAUGAAUUCUAAGUGAAUCAAUCAAAUGCUACCUCAGGUUAUGCACGCUGUACUUCUGCUCUUGCUAUGACUUUCAUAAUAAUUUGUUUUUGUUCUGUAAAUCAAAAAGUAAUGGUUAUUGAUUAGAUCAAGUCACAUAAUUGAACGAAUUUACUAAUUUUGAGUGGAUAUUGUUUUUGAAGCGUCCUUUUUUACACGUUGGAGGACGUUGAGAUCGAUUUUUAGUUUUAAUGUUCAGCAUUUAUCCAGAAAAAAUGACUUGUGCCAAAGAUAUGUACAUUUCCGCCGCACAAAAGUUGCUUCAGCCUUUAGUUUUUACUUUAUUUUUUUUCGAAAUUUACGUUGAAUAUGAGCUCGCAAAUUAUUUCGUUUUCCAUAUAAAUGCUGUUAAUACUUGAUUUACUUUUUAAUGGUCUUGUGACAAUCUUGUUUAUAAUUUGUUAGAAUUUUCAAAUGAUUUAUCACUUUGGAAUAUUUCUUUACGUCUAGUCGAUUAUUGAAGCGUUUUUGUACAGAUAGCGUGUACAUAUGUGCCCAUUAGUAUCAUUAUAAUACAUUUAUGACUUUAUGAAUAAACUUAUCGUAUCGAUA